AUGGAAGGACGGCCCAGUUCCAAACGCAGGAGCAACUCAAGAAAUCGCAGCUCUUUCAAGGAAAAACAACGACGGGAAUCAUGGAAGGACGACCGUCUCAAUACCAUCACGCCCACCAGUGGCCUGGACCUGCUUAUCCGCCAGGCGCUGGCGCGCAAUGCCUCACCUGCGACAUAUCUAUUCGAUGAGGACGGAAACCGCAUUUCGCCGCCAGCCUCGCCGCUACGGCGCUCCGUGCAGCCCCUGGAGAGCAUCGCGGACCGCAUGCGGCAGAAGCGGAGGUCCUGGUAUGACGGUGCCGAGCCCGGGCAAGGCGAAGAUGACGACGACAAAGAGGCUCGGGACCCGGAUGCGCCGUCCCGCCUGCUGGCCCUCCCCACGGAGCUGCAGUUCUUCGUGUUCGCGCACCUGGGGCUCAGCGACCUCGAGCGUCUGCGCCGCACCUGCCAGUUCUACCGGCACAUCCUCAGCCCGGAGUACGUGCGCGCACUCUUCGGCGGGCACCAGGGGCUUGCGAGCCAGCUGACGGGCCACUGCCAGACGUGCCUCGCGUCGCCGGGGCGCGCGUCGCUCAUUCUCCAGCCCCAGACCCGGCCACUCAGCAGCAAGUGCUUCCAGUGCAGCGUCAAGGCCCGCGAGCUCGGCGUCGGCACGCGCGUCCCGCUGGCCAGCGGCGCGGGGGCAGGGGCCUGGGUCUGCCGGUGGUGCGGGUGGCCGGUCGCCGGCGAGGCACACAGCUGGGCCAACGAGCAGUUCCACGUGCAGUGCUACGACCGCUACUACCGCGUGCUGUGGGUGUUCCUAUGCCUGGGGUUCGCGCAAUUUGCUGUCGGGGUCGUGGCUGCGGCGCUGAGUCUGGUGUAUUUCCGGGGCGAGCUCGUGGUCUUUGCGCCGACCGUCGUCAAUUUCGUCCUGCUGUGGGUGUGUAUGGCAUUUCUAAUGUUCAGGGGUAAUCGAAUACGGACGUAUCACUGGGUGGGGAUGGUCGAGCUUGUCAUCAUGGGGCUGUGGAUUCCGCCUAUAUAUGCCGUGGCGAGAGACCUACAAGACGGGGGAGUGGGCAGCAGGCCAUUUGAGAGCUCAGUCGCCGCGCUGGCCUUCUUUGCUACCAACAUGCUAUUCCGUCUGUUCAACUGCAUCGGGAACAUAGUCCUCACUCUUGGGUAUGAUAUGACCAAGCAUUACGCGCCACAAAUCACGCUGCGGCGUCGACUGAUGAACUUGCUGAUGACUGGUCUGAUAUACUGGACAUACCCACAAUGUGUCGAGCAGAGAUACCCCCCUGACUUCAAUUGA